UCCGCGAUAACAGAUCGGAUAGGAUCCGAGACCGCUCCGGUUCAUGCUGCUCUCUCUCUUCCUCUCGGAGCAGAUUAUUAUAGCUUUUCAGAUUUCGACUCUCUAAAUUAUCAUCAUAUUUUAAUUUCUUUCGUAGAUUCUUAGUACUGCUUCAGUGCUUUGUACUCAGAUUCUUUCUUCUCCCAAUUUCAAAAGCUUUCUUUGAUGGUAUCAGCAUAAUCGUGAUUGUACCAUGAAGAAGAAACUCGAUACCCGCUUCCCUGCAGCUCGGAUCAAGAAAAUUAUGCAAGCUGAUGAGGAUGUUGGAAAGAUUGCAAUGGCAGUGCCUGUUUUAGUAUCUAAAGCCUUGGAGUUAUUUUUGCAAGACCUCUGUGAUAGGACGUAUGACAUAACUCUUAGAAGAGGAGCAAAAACUGUCAGUGCAUUGCAUUUAAAACACUGUGUGCAGAGCUACAAUGUUUUUGACUUUUUGAGAGAAGUUGUUAGCAAGGUUCCUGACUAUGGCCAUUCUGAUACUGGCGCUGAGGUGUCAAGACGAAGGAAAGUUGCAAUGGAUGAAAAUGACAGUGAUGAUGAGUCCAAAAGGAGCAGGACGGAAACAUGCCCUGCAAGCAGCGGUGGCAGGGGAAGAGGUAGGGGUAGAGGAAGGGGCCGUGGGCGUCGUGCUGAUAGGGAGCCUGCUCAUCAUCGUGACGUUGAAUCUGAUUCCUGUGCUUCUGUCCAGCAAAGUUGUACACAGAACCCGAACCCUGGGAUGUCGAAGGAAACCUGUCUCGAGUCAAAGGAACCACUGAGACAGGAUCCUAACGCAACAGAUGGUGACGACAAAUCAGCUGUCAAAAGUAUCAAUCCCAACAUCAGCUUAGACGAGAGUGCUGAGAAACCAGACACGUGUUCAGCAACAGCAGCUUCCUGUUCCUCGCUAUCAGUGCCUCCUGAUGUUAAAGACAGCGAGGGCACUGUGCUUUCUGAAAUCGACAGGAUGGCUGUCGACCCACUUCACUUUGCACAGUUCAACUCAACCAUCGUAGAAGAGGAAGAAGACUAUGACGACGAAGGGUAAGGAGGUAAUAGAACAAAAAGAAUCUCCAUGGUGUUGUUCCAUCAACAUCAAUUGCAAACAUAUAAAAAAAAAGAUAUAAAGAGGAGCAUCACUGUGAAGAGCUCGAAAGCCCUCCAGUUUUCCAUUUGUCUUCUCUUGGUAUUGUAUGUGCCUUAGAUGUAUGAACUUCAUUUGCAACUAAUCAUGUUAAAUCCCAUAAUUCUCAUGAAAAAAAAAUGUGUAGCAGGAUAGGAGGUUAGUGCAUACUACCCAGGUAGGAGUUAGCAUGUGACAUCUUGUAUACUCAGUUUACUUCCAUUGAUGAAUGUUGAGGUUUCUGUUUUAUAUCAAUCUCUCUA